UCUCUCUCUCUCUUUCUCCUCUUUUCUAUAGUGCGCACACGCGACGACUUUGGACUCCAAAGAAAGAAAGAAAAAGAGAGAAAGACAGAUAGAUAGAGACAGAGAAAGAGAGAGAGAGAGAGAGAGAGAAAGAAAGAGAAAGAGAGAGUGGAUGGAGAAGGUACAGAAACGAGGGAGUUCAAUUGGUGGCGGCAAUCCUAGUAAUGUACCCGUGGGGCUGUGUCAAAGUGCCUUCUAGAAGAGAACGAUGUUGCAUUCAGCAUUCUAAAACUUCUUUCUUGCUAUACGAAAAAGCCGUAAGCUCGGGAGAAUGAAAAAAAAGAGAAAGAAAAGAGAUAUUUCUGUUCUUGUAUCAACGAUUUUAUUCCAAUCUCCACGCAUAACCAUUACACAUUUUCAGCUCCUUUCAAAUGGAGUUGUCAAAAAAAAAUUGACAUCAGAGAAAAUGCCCAUGAAUACCGUUCAAAAUUUUCGAACAUAAGAAAAAUGAUACCAUUGAAGAAGACACGAUGAGAAAGAAGUUCAAUGCUUCUUACGUUCGCACCUUCCUGCUCGAAGUAUGGCAAACUUUUAAAAAGGAGACGAUCUCUUAAUAAUAUAUAUUGUGGUGGUGGAAGCGACCGGUAAAACAGUUAUAAAAACAGCGGUAACUACGUUAGAAUCAAUUAUUUAAGAUGCAGAGCUCCGUAAAGAGAGAGUAGAGCAGUCGUAAAGGGGGUGGAAAAAGGUAAUGCCGUUCGUGGAAACAUGGUGGUGUCUCAAGGAUGUUCUUCCACGCGGAUAAAGAGAGAGAGAGAAAAAGAAAGAAAGAAAGGAUAAAUGGACAGGAAGAGAGAAAGAGAUAGAGAGAGAAAGAGAGAAGCAAAAGGAGAGAGAUAAGAUGGCUAUCGCGGGGAUUAUAAAGGCCGUAGUUAAAAGUUGCUUCGACUAUCAAGGGACUGACCGCUCGAAGAAGUCGAGCGUUAUUGUGAGACGCUUUCGUUUCAUGUGAACUGCGAGAAGUUUGAAAAACAUUUGAUAAACCUUUGGAAACUCGCUGAAAUUCGAGAGAAAGAGACGAUCAAUCAUGAAUCGCUUCCGAUCGAUUAAUUAGAUCUUACUCUUAUUUAAAAUGAACCUAAAUCUUGAUGACGAAGAAGACGUUAACGACUUUGACGUAGUGAUCGUUGGUGCUGGUUUAACGGGACUUUGUAUAGCGUACAAUAUACUUAGAAGAAAACCCUCUUUAAAUAUACUGGUCAUCGAAGGAACCGAUAAAGCCGGAGGACGCGUUUUAUCACAGAAUUAUAGCGAGAGCUUUUAUGCUAGUCUCUUGCAAGAACGUGUCACUCAACUUAUCCGUACACUGAACAUAGAUACUUAUUCCAGACAGAACAAGGAUGGAAAAAGAGUGUUUUUUACAAAAGAUGGUCCCGUAGAAAAUUUUCCAAGUUUAUUCGCAGCUGAAAUUCGUUACUUUAUUCAAGUGGUAAUUAUUUAUUUGGACCAUCGAUUUACAGAAACAAUAUUCAAGAUUUUUAAUCAGACUCAAUAUCUGAUAAACUUUACAAUUUUCUUCCUUUGUUUUCAGAUUCAAAAGAAUUGUUUAAAACCAUGUUUCAAAACCUAUGUCAAGAAUAAGAUUACGCGUAAAUUAGCCAUAACCAGUGUUGAUCAACUACUGAAAGAACUUGUGUUCUUCUCUUAUGCCAGAUCCAUAUGCAGUUCACUUAUUUAUAGUACAUGCGGUAAAAUCCAAUUCUGGCAUUCUAAUUUUUCAACCAAUCAUUUUCUCCAUUAGAUCUUUCUAUCGUAUGUUCAUCUAUCAGGAAUGAGAGAUCUUCGUAAACUAUCAGCGUUAUGGAUGUUUGUAAUGUUAAAUGGUGCAGGUGGAUUGCUCGAUCGACUAAAAGUAACGAUAGGAGAUGAGAACCGUUAUUUCGUUCAAGUUAUUAUCAAAUAUUCUUACAAUUAAAAAACAAUUAUAAUUUAUAAUACCAAUAAUAUCGCGAUAUUUUUUUAAAAUUUCAACGCAAAAAGGAAAGAUUACCCUAUUUGACAGGGUGGAAUGGCGCGAUUAACCGAAGAAUUAUUAAAACAUAUACUUGCUGAACAUGGUGAUAUAAUUUAUGAUGAAAUAGUUACAAAUAUUCAAUUCAAUGACGACAGAGCUUAUUGUUAUACUACACAAAAUUGUUUCAAGUACGUUUAAAUAAUGUUAUCGUUAAGCUAUAUAUAUACAUAUAUAUAUAUAUAUAUAUAUAUAUAUAUAUAUAUAUAUAUAUUUAUGGAAUUUAUUAAUAUUAAUCAUCGUACGAACGGGCAUAUUAGAUUAAUAUUUUCAUAAAUAUAUAACUGCGUGUGUAUGGGUAUGUAGAUGUGACAUCGUGGUAAUAGCAGUACCACCCCCGGAAAAUUCUCAAAUUCGUAUCGAACCAUCUUUACCUGCACAUGUAUCUCAAUCCCAAACAUUAUUCCUACAUAGUGAUAACAUAUUUUUCAAUGCAUUUUACAAAAAACCUUUUUGGAAAGAUAAGUAUAAUGGCAGUGUUUUAGCUACAUUAGAAUCCAAUACUAUCUUAAAUAUCGCUUAUGAUGCAACCUGUAAUAACGUAAAAGGAGGAAUGAUGGCUGGAUUUCUUAAUGAUACCAAUGUUAUAUCAACGACAUCGAAAUUAAAAUUAU